CCAUUCACGCUUAUCGUAUUUGUGUAGUCUGCAGCUUCCACAGAAGCCACUCUGCUCACACACGCUUCUCGCUCUCUCUCUAUCAAAAACCCUAUCAAAUCUUCCGCCCAUGGGAACACCAGCUAUGGCUGAAUCAGCAAUGUUUGUGGUACCUCAAACCAUUGGCAAUAUUUUGUGCUGCAAGUGUGGUAUUCUUAUGGUACCAAAUGGUGCCAAUAUGUGUGUGACUUGUUUGCGUUCUGAAAUUGACAUCACUGAAGGUUUAAGAAAGCGUGUGAUCAUUCUGCACUGUCCAGAUUGUACUAGCUACUUAAAGCCUCCUAGUACUUGGAUUGAAGCCCAAUUAGAAUCGAAAGAGUUGUUGAAGUUUUGUGUUGACAUACAGAGGAAGCAGCACGAUAAGGCUAAGGUUAGGUUAGUUGAUGCAUUCUUUAUUUGGACUGAACCUCACUCUAAGAGAAUCAAGGUGAAGCUGAAAAUCCAGAAGGAUGUGUUUAAUGGGACAAUUCUUGAACAAUCUUAUGUAGUUGAGUAUGUUGUACAACCUCACUUGUGUGAGAAUUGUUCAAGAGUUCAGGUCAAUCCUGAUCAGUGGGUUGCUGUUGUUCAGCUCCGUCAACAUGUUUCUCACAGAAGAACUUUCUUUUUUCUGGAACAGUUGAUUCUAAAGCAUGGUGCUGCUGUCCUUGCCAUAAAGAUCAAACAGGUAGAUGAAGGUAUUGAUUUUUUCUUUGCUAAGAGGAGUUAUGCUAUGAAAUUUGUGGAAUUUAUAGGUAAAGUAGUUCCACUCAGGACUCGCUAUGAUAGGCAGCUUGUUUCCCAUGAUUCUAAGAGCAACAAGUACAAUUAUAAAUAUACAUUCUCGGUUGAAAUCUGUCCCAUUUGCCGUGAGGAUUUGAUCUGUUUGCCUCCAAAGGUUGCAUCUAAUUUAGGAAAUAUAGGCCCUCUCGUGAUAUGCAUGAAAGUGAUGAAUGGUAUUACUCUACUGGAUCCAUUUACUCUGAGGCACUGUUUCUUGAAUGCUGACCAGUACUGGAGGGCAUCUUUUCAGUCUUUACUUACGAGCAGGCAGCUUGUGGAAUACAUCAUAUUAGAUGUGGAGCCUCUUUCUUAUGAAGUUAGCGAUGGUAACCGCAAGUAUAACUUAGCAGAUGCUCAAGUUGCCCGCAAAUGUGAUUUUGGAAAGAACAAUAACAUUUUCUACAUAAGAACACAUCUUGGUCACAUUUUGAGUGCUGGGGAUUCGGCUCUUGGUUAUGACAUCUAUGGGGCUAAUAGUAAUGGCAUAGAACUGGACAAAUAUAGAGGUCUUGUCCUUCCGGAUGCAAUUUUGAUAAAGAAAAGCUAUGGGGAAAGCAAUCAGAGGAAGCAUAGGGAUGCCUAUGGAUGCAAAAGUUCCUUGACAAACAUGGAAGUUGAUGAGUCUGGGGUCUCAGAGUAUGAAGAAUUCUGUAGAGAUCUGGAAGAGAACCCCGAUUUGAGAUUCAACCUAUCACUAGAGGAGUCUUUAGAAGAGUUGCUUGCGGAUCUUGAUCUGAGUGAGGAACAUGAAGACAACAUGAGAGAGUGAAUGGAAGCAUCAAUGGCAUUAGCAACAGUGAUGAACUGUUGUGGGGAGACUGUUCUUAGCAGCCACCUGCUACGAAAGGCGUGGAGUGAUCCAGACCUGCGUUUCGAUAUCUCAACCCUAUUGUCUAGAGUCAGAACUUUCCAUCCAUCAUUUCCAUUUCCAAGCCUGUUGGAGUCAGAAGCUGAUAGCAAAUCCUGUAUGCAGCUUUCGCUCGCAAACUGCACGUAUCUUCUCAGUGAGUCCUCGCUAAUAGACCUGCAAAAUAUGGGAAUGAAAAUUAGAAUUGUCACAGAGCUACAACCAUUGUAACAGUUUCAAGAUUAGAUAAGAAACAUUUUUAGUGCUUACCAGGACGUGCUGCUACCUGUUGGACUGUUCAUUGCAAGGUUCAAGAAGUGGCUCCUCCUCCUGAGUCCUGAAGCCUUCUUUUCACUUCAACAAAAUCAAUGAUAUUGUAAAAAAAUAUAUAUAUAGUAAAGAGGAAGGGAGUAUCAAUUGGAGGUUAAGGAUUAGUUAGAAAGAGUGGCCGAGAAGUGUAAAAUAAUGCUAAAUGGGCCAAGGUCAUUGAUGCACAUGCAAUGCCAGAGGAACCUCCAUGAUUAGAAGUUAACGUCUUCUUCUCUAUAGAAAGAGAGAUAAAGGAUGGAUACUUUCCUUGCAACAAAGCAGCGAGAACUGAGGGUAGGGAAGAUGAUGCACAUGGAGUGUUGGUGGGCAUUUUAAAACACAGCAAAGAAAAGAGGGAAAAUGACUGAAAAUCAAAGCCAGAAUAAGACCACAAGAGUUGUUAAAACUCUAUAUUAUACAAAACUCUUUGCCUGGUUAUGGGUGACAUUGACCCUACCAAAACCAAUCUCAUGACUUCCUCCUGAACAUGCCAUGGCCAAAUUUAAACUGCAGUACCAAACAACAGAGGGACAAAUCAGAUCCCAGAGUAUGAAGUCCUUUGCAUAGUAUAUUUUUUGAAACAUCUCACCAAUCCAUUUACAUUCCAAGCACUUUCAAAAUGUUAGUCUUACAGUCUUAAGAUGGUAAUACAUAAAAUCUUCUGUACACUGCAUUCAUAUAUGAAAGUUGACACAGCA